GGCCAUCGACUCGACUUCUUGAGAGUUGAGACGCCAUUUUAAGAAUUUUCAUCGACGACUGACGCUUCGUUACGGUAAUUGUGUUUUACCAUUUAAAUUAUUUCUUUGUAAUAUAUUACAUUGAAAAGAUUUGAAAUGGGUAAAAGGGAUAAAAGAGGUGAUACAAGUGAGGCAUCAAGUGAAGAAGAAUAUGUAGUAGAGAAGGUUCUCGACAAACGUACUGUUAAAGGAAAGAUACAAUACCUGUUGAAAUGGAAGGGUUACAAAGAGGACGAGAGCACAUGGGAACCAGUGGAGAAUCUUGACUGUGAGGAACUGAUCAAGACCUUUGAGGAAAAUAGGAAGGAAAAAGAAAAAGAAAAAGAGUCAAAAACGAAGAAACCAGAAGACCGUGGCAAAAAACGUGUCCGUGAAUCCAGUGAAGAGACUUCCUCUGGGCGCAAAGGCCGUGGCACCAGUGUCUCAUCUGCUGACGACCACAAGGACUCCAAGAGGGAACGCAAGGAAGACAAAUCAAAAUCUGGUUUCGAUAAAGGGCUGAAAGCUGAGAAGAUUAUAGGUGCAUCAGAUGCAACAGGAGAGCUGAUGUUUUUAAUUAAAUGGGCUGAUUCUGAUGAGGCUGAGCUAGUGCCUGCUAGAGUUGCUAAUCUCAAAUGUCCUCAACAGGUGAUCGCUUUCUACGAAGAGAGGCUUACGUGGCACACGCCGGCGGAGUCCGAAUGAUAUAGAAUCGCAUGUGGCAUGCCCAGUAUCCGAUAUGGCGGGGACUAUUUCUACGACCGCGCCUUGGAGAUUCGUGAGCGUCAACGCCACAUAUAACACACGACACUAAGGAGUGUUACAUGCGAUGGAUCUACUAUUUCAAUAGUAUUCAUAAUACUAUUAUUCAUUUUGAAAACUAUAAUGUGAGAAGAUAUGGUUUAAUUUAUGUUGGAUAGAUUCCCACGGACAGAGUCCGUAUUUGUGUAUUCAUGUGAAUGUGUAGUUUAUAAGCUGUUUUGUGGCAGUAGUGGGCCACUGGCUUCAUCUUUUCAUCAUUUGCAUAUUAUGCUUGGUAUAUACUUAGAUAUUUAUAUUUCUGACAUGUCAGGUAGAUCUUUGCUCUGAUGUAAGUAAAUACAGGUGAGUUUCAUCACCAUCUGAACUUUAUCAUGCAUGAUCAUUGAAUAAGUUUAUUUUUAUAAAGAUACAGAUGAAAUUUGGAUUGUGAUUAACGAGUUCCUGUAUAUUUAUUUACAAAUGCAAUUUAUGUCAAAAGACACUUCUCUCACAUUAUCUUCCAAUGAUUUGUAAACAUUUAAAGUGUUAUUUGUUACAAGAUCUUUCGUAGUUUAGUGAAGUACCAGCUAAUGUUACAAGUUGAAGAGAUUGAUCUCUCUCUGUGUAAUAGUUUUAUGUGAUUUGGAGAACAGGCUGACAUACAGCCCAUGUUUAUAUUUUUGCAAGAAUUCAGAGUGAGAAGCAAAUAGUCAUUGUAGAGACUACUGUAAUAAUAAUAAUAAAUAUAAAAUAAUAUUAUGUUUACAUCCGUACGUGUAUGUUACACAAGUUUCAUAUUUAUUCCUAAAUUUUAUAAUCAUUGACUAACGUAAGGUGGCAUGAUUGUAGUUUUUCGGUAAAAAUAAUUACUUACUCAUCACAAGUGACGCUGAGUUUCGUCCUAUUGGGCGUCUAUAGCUGGUGAAUGCGUCGCUUGCGAGCAUGUUGGGGACUGCGCACGAGUGGUAUCAAUACAUAGUAUAAAACAAAGUCGCUUUCGCUGUAUGUCCGUAUGUAUGCUUAGAUCUUUAAAACUACGCAAC